AUGGAACCCAGGCAAGAUACCAGGGCUCUGACUACAUCUUUGCCACCUACCUCUACUCCUCUAACUCUUAUCAAUGGUAUCAAUCAUGGUGUUUCCACUGAUCGCUCAGCUCUUGAGGUCCCCAGUAACCAUAAUGAUGGUCAUCGAGGUGGUCGUGGUGGUCGAGGAGGUCGUACUGGUGAUUGUGGGAGCCGCAAUGGACCUCGUUCCUGUACUCACUUUGGCCAUGGAGAGCACACUAUUAAUUUUUGUUGGGAUUUACAUGAAAAAUCUUCUGGUGCUGCGAAUCAAGCUUCCUAUCAAGAUGACAACUCUGUUGUUGCUUCCGUACCUCGGUCAGCUCUACCAGACACUGAGUCAGUUACUAUUACACGAAAGAAGUUCAACAAUCCAACAAGCCUAGUCCAUCCGGUUCAGGCUUCCAACAACCACAGCCAGGCCGAUUCAGUGGUCCAGAGGGCUAAAUCAAUCCGGUUCAGCGGUUCUCUAGGCCGGCAAGAUACCAGGGCUCUGACUACAUCUUUGCCACCUACCUCUACUCCUCUAACUCUUAUCAAUGGUCCCAUGACCUCGGUUAAACUCAAUGGCACCAAUUAUACUUUAUGGUUCCGAUCCGUUUAUGUCUUUCUUCAAGGCAAAGGAUUAAAGAAAUAUUUGGUGAAUCUUAAACCCAAGGAAAAUAUUCCUAGGUUCAACAAUCCAACAAGCCUAGUCCAUCCGGUUCAGGCUUCCAACAACCACAGCCAGGCCGAUUCAGUGGUCCAGAGGGCUAAAUCAAUCCGGUUCAGCGGUUCUCUAGGCCGGUUUAGACCUCUAACAGCCUCUUUUCCUUUGGUUCAACAUUGCAGCACUUUUUUAUUUCCUAUUUACUGCACUCUUAUGGAACCCAGGCAAGAUACCAGGGCUCUGACUACAUCUUUGCCACCUACCUCUACUCCUCUAACUCUUAUCAAUGGUAUCAAUCAUGGUGUUUCCACUGAUCGCUCAGCUCUUGAGGUCCCCAGUAACCAUAAUGAUGGUCAUCGAGGUGGUCGUGGUGGUCGAGGAGGUCGUACUGGUGAUUGUGGGAGCCGCAAUGGACCUCGUUCCUGUACUCACUUUGGCCAUGGAGAGCACACUAUUAAUUUUUGUUGGGAUUUACAUGAAAAAUCUUCUGGUGCUGCGAAUCAAGCUUCCUAUCAAGAUGACAACUCUGUUGUUGCUUCCGUACCUCGGUCAGCUCUACCAGACACUGAGUCAGUUACUAUUACACGAAAGAAGUAUGCUCAGUUUCUAUCCCAAUAG